UAUCUACAGAUCAGAGAAGAAGAUAUAGAUGUAGACAUAGUUAAUUUAUCUCUUCCAGCAAGGGCAGCAGAACAUGCGGAACAUAUUGUUAGAAAAGUUCUUGAAGAAGCAGAACAAGCAGAACAACUUGUUAGGAAAGUUUGGCAAGAAGCUUGGAAGGGUUGUCAUUUUAGUUCAUUACCUAAGUGGCUUCAAGAUAAUGAUUUUUUAAUAAGAGGUCAUAGGCCACCUCUUCCAUCAUUUAGUGCCUGUUUUCGUUCCAUAUUUAGAAUACAUACUGAAACCGGAAAUAUUUGGACUCAUUUAUUAGGUAGGUAUAAUGAUAUUAAAGUGUGUAUCCUUACAAUAAUUUUGAGGAAUUAAUUUUAUUAUUUUUACUUUUAUUCAUGUAACAUAUUUAUAUUUAAAAUAACUUUUGAAUUUAACACAAAUCCUACAAUGAUAUUUUGUUUGAUUUAAUUUAAAAGAUACUUUCACAAAGCAUUUUAAAGUGUUAUUUAUUCUUUAAAGCAGGACUGCUUAGAGAGUGACCAUUAGGGUCAUUUGGCCUAGGCCCCAGACAUAGCAGCACCCCAAAAUUUAGUUUUUUUUUUUUUUUUUAAUGUAAAAAUUUAA